GUUCAUCGCUUAUACAAAGCACGGACUGCGCUGUUUAUCUUGAGAUUUUACUGUUUCACUAUUGAAGAACUUCUAAAGGGGAUACGGACGGAUUGCCAUCUGUUUCUGCGGUAAACCCUGCACUCUUGAGGAUGACAUGCUCGUGAUGCCUGUCUGGAAGUGCGGUACAGAGGCCCACCUUGGCAGCUAGAGGACAGGCUGGCCUCAGUCAUCAUGACAGCUUUGCCACAGGGCGCAACUUCCCUGGCUGUGUCUGGCCUUUUCCUCUGCCUCCUCUCACUUGGCAUCCCCGCAGUCAUCUCCCAGACGCAACCUGUUCCCACAGAACCCAGCCCAAGCCCACAGCCACAGAGCAGGCCAGAGUGUACCCACCAAGAACAUCCUAUCAUCUCUAUUCAAGCUCUCAGUCCUUGGAUUUCUUCUUUUUCACACCCUGGUGUACGAGACUACUCCCAGCUUACUCUCGACCUCACCAGGAAUGAACUCAUAGUUGGAGCAAGAAACUACCUCUUUCGGCUGAACUUAAGCAACAUUUCACUUACACAGGCGACAGAAUGGGGCCCAGAUGACGACACUAGGAGGUCCUGUCAAAGCAAAGGGAAGACAGAGAUGGAGUGCCAAAACUACAUUCGCGUGCUGCUGGUCAACAAGACAGAGGUGAUGACCUGUGGUACCAAUGCUUUUCAGCCUCUCUGCAUCACCAGAGAGGUAGGCAAUAUGAGCAGAAUAUUAGAGCGGGUGAAUGGGGUGGCACGCUGCCCCUAUGACCCUCGACAUAACUCCACAGCUGUGGUAACAGAGAAUGGAGAGCUGUACGCUGCCACGGUCAUUGAUUUCUCAGGUCGAGACCCAGUCAUCUACCGCAGCCUGGGAAAAAUGCCUCCACUGAGGACAGCCCAGUACAACUCAAAAUGGCUCAAUGAACCUCAGUUUAUCUCUGCCUAUGACAUCGGGCUCUUCACCUUCUUCUUCUUGAGGGAAACUGCUGUAGAACAUGACUGUGGAAAGACGGUGUACUCUCGGGUGGCACGUGUCUGUAAGAACGACAUCGGUGGCCGAUUCCUGCUCGAGGACACCUGGACCACAUUCACCAAGGCUCGGCUCAACUGCUCCCGCUCUGGAGAGAUCCCCUUCUACUACAAUGAGCUCCAGAGCACCUUCUACCUGCCAGAGCAGGACCUCAUCUACGGCAUCUUUACGACCAAUGUGAACAGUAUUGCUGCAUCUGCAAUUUGUGCAUACAAUCUCAGUGCCAUCACACGGGCGUUCAACGGGCCCUUCCGCUCCCAGGAGAAUCCACGCUCCACCUGGCUGCCCACCCCUAACCCUAACCCCAACUUCCAGUGUGGCACUAUUGAAGAUGAGGGGCCCAAUGAAGGCCUAACCGAGCGCAGCCUGCAGGAUGCCCAGAGGCUGUAUCUCAUGAAUGACGUGGUACAGCCAGUGUCUGUUGACCCACUUGUGUGGCAGGACAACAUACGCUUCUCCAAGCUGGUGGUUGACAUUGUGCAGGGCCAAGACACCCUUUACCAUGUCAUGUACAUUGGAACAGAGUAUGGGACCAUUCUAAAAGCUCUGGCUACCACCAACAAGAGUUUGCAAGGCUGCUAUUUGGAGGAGAUGCAGCUCCACCCACCUGGCGUAAAAGAACCCAUUCUGAGUCUCCAGAUUCUCCAUGGCGACAGGACUCUUUUUGUCGGCCUGAAUGACCGAGUGGUGAAGAUUCCUCUGGCAAGAUGCUCCAGCUACACAACAGAACAGUUGUGUUUGGAUGCCAGAGACCCAUAUUGUGGCUGGGACAGGAAGCAGCGACGAUGCACCACCAUUGAGGACAGUUCCAACAUGAGCCAGUGGUUUCAGAACAUCACAGCUUGUCCGUUGCGGAACCAAACCACAGAUGGUGCCUAUGGGCCUUGGGCUCAAUGGCAGCCCUGCAGCCAUGAUGAUGGUGAAGGUACCAGUGCUUGCCUAUGUCGUUCCAGGACAUGUAACAGCCCUCCUCCUCGUUGCGGAGGAAAAGAUUGUGAGGGUCCGACUAUUGAAGUCGCCAACUGCUCAAGGAAUGGGGGCUGGACACCAUGGUCAUCAUGGGGUCAGUGCAGCACCAGCUGUGAGAUUGGCUUCGAGGUGCGCCAGAGAUCCUGCAACAACCCGUCACCCAGACAUGGUGGUCGAGUAUGUGUAGGCCAAGCCAGAGAACAAAGAUUCUGCAAUGAAAAGGUAUCCUGCCCUCAGCCUAUUUUCUGGUCCUCAUGGUCUCCCUGGUCUAAGUGCAGCGCAGAGUGCGGGGGAGGUGUGCACUCUCGUUCCAGGAACUGUGAGAAUGGAAAUAGCUGUCCAGGAUGUUCACUGGAAUACCAGACCUGUAAUCUAGAGGCGUGUCCUGAGGUGAGACGGAACACUCCUUGGACGCCGUGGGUACCGGUAAAUGUGACUCAAGGUGGUGCUCGACAGGAGCAGAGGAUGCGCUAUAUCUGCCGGGCACAGCUGGCGGACCCACACGAACUCCAGCUGGGCAAGCGGAAGGUCGAGACGCGCUUUUGUCCCAAUGAUGGCACGGUCACCUGUGAUACUGACUCUCUGGUGGAUGAACUGCUCAGUACUCCUGGAGUGAGACUCUCAGGCUUCAGUUGGUCAAUGUGGGAGUCGUGGUCAACAUGUAGUCAGGAGUGCGCUAAAGGCUACCGUUCACGGAAACGGACCUGCGCCAGCACUGAUGGCAAAAGUUCCCCCAGCAGCUGCAGGGGGUCACCUGUAGAGUACCAGGACUGCAACCCUCAGCCCUGCCCCGUGAAAGGUGCCUGGUCUUGCUGGUCGUCAUGGUCGCAGUGUUCGGUGCCUUGCGGCGGCGGACACUACCAGCGGACGCGUACGUGCAGCAGUCCUGCACCCGCCAACGGAGGGGACAUCUGCAUCGGGCUGCAUACAGAGGAGGCGCUGUGCAACACGCAUACCUGCCAGGGUGGCUGGAUGGCCUGGACUGUGUGGUCUGCAUGUGAUGAUACAGGUUUGCAGUUCCGCAAUCGAGUGUGUGGGAAUCAAGAUCUUCCAUGUGUGGGAAAUAGCACCCAGUACAGAGACUGCAAUGAGAUCCCAGUGAUUCUGCCUGCAUCUGGCUAUGAUAAAGACCAGCAGUGUGGAGGGUUCACUCUGCUGCACCUGAUAGCUACAGGAGUGUCAUGUUUCCUGGGUGCAGGGCUGUUGUCAUUCCUAGUGUACGUGUACUGUCAGCGCUUCCACAAACCCUCGCAGGAUUCCUCUGUGGUCCACCCCACCACACCUAACCACCUCAACUACAAGGGUAACACCACGCCAAAGAAUGAGAAAUACACACCCAUGGAGUUUAAGACGCUAAACAAGAACAACCUCCUGCCAGAUGAGAGAACGAACUACUUCCCUUCACCAGUCCAGCAGACGAACGUCUAUACCACCACUUAUUACCCGACAGCACUGGGUAAAUAUGAUUAUCGGCCUGACUCAUCACCAUCACCCUGCAGAAACUACAACAACAGCUGAGACAUGUCCCACCCAUUAGCUAUAAUGCCAUGGUGAUGAGGACACUACAGAGCUCUUCUAAACUAGAGCUAAACUCUUAUGUGCUCCUCCAUGUUUUCUUAUGUGCUCUGGAUCUCUCUACAUGACUACCUUGGAGGAUACAAAUCUACAGCUAAUGGUGUUUGAUGGAAAAAGGACCAACAUUUCAAACUCUUUUUUUCUAGGGAACACAUGAACAAUUGUGUAGUUACACUGAUGUCAAUUUAUUUAAAUCGUAAUCUUUAAGGACUUCAAUUUAUGUUUAAU